UACAAUUACAAUUGGCUCGAGGAAAAGAAUUUUUGCAUAAAUUUAUGGGCGGACCUCAGCCAGGGUUAUGUUGUUUUGUGGUUGAUUCUUUUCGCGCCUCAUAAGGCUACGAGGUCUUGUUUAUUAAAUAAAUAAGUUGAAAGGAGGUAAGCAUGUGCCCUGUCCUUGCUUUACUAGAUUUAGUCUUAUAAACGCAGCUUCUUCGUCUUUCUUCUUCUUUUCUAAUUCUCAUAUCAAAGAAGAAGAUGAGAUGGGUAAUUUUCUUUCUAAUCAGAAGCGUAAGAAGCUGCCUGCUGUGAACGGAUCAUCAAGAGGAAGAAGAUCAACCAAUAACUCUUUCCCACCUGCCAUGGCCGCGCCGCAAGCUUCAUUUUUGGAAGUAGGAGGGAGUGGAAGCACUAGUAAAAUUAAUAAUAAUGUUUCCAAGCUACAGAGAAAGCAAUCAGCAAAGCAGAAGUAUGGAUUUAUUGCUGAUAAUUUCUCAACCCUAGACCAGGUUACAAAAGCUUUAAGAGACUCUGGUCUAGAAUCAUCUAAUCUCAUGGUUGGAAUCGAUUUCACAAAAAGCAAUGAAUGGACAGGCAAAGUAUCAUUCAAUAACCGGAGUCUACAUGCAAAUGGUGAUACACCAAAUCCUUAUGAGAAAGCCAUCUCGAUAAUUGGAAAGACUCUGGCUCCAUUCGAUGAAGACAAUUUGAUACCUUGUUUUGGCUUUGGUGAUGCUACCACGCAUGAUACGGAGGUGUUUAGCUUUCACAAUGAUCAUUCAUCUUGCCAUGGCUUUGAAGAAGUCUUAGCCUGUUACAAAAAGAUUAUUCCGAACUUGAGAUUAGCUGGACCUACUUCUUAUGCACCGGUAAUUGAUGCUGCGAUCGACAUUGUGGAAAACAGUGGUGGCCAAUUCCAUGUGUUAGUUAUCAUUGCAGAUGGCCAGGUCACACGAAGUGUUAAUACAAGUGACAGAGAGCUGAGUCCACAAGAAGAGAAAACAAUCAAUUCAAUUGUCAAUGCAAGCUCAUACCCACUGUCGAUUGUUCUGGUUGGUGUUGGUGAUGGACCUUGGGAAGAUAUGAAGAAAUUUGACGAUAAGAUUCCCGCGCGUGACUUUGACAACUUCCAGUUUGUAAACUUCACUGAGAUUAUGUCCAAAAAUAAAACUCUAGAUGAGAAAGAAACUGCUUUUGCUCUUGCUGCCCUGAUGGAGAUCCCUCUCCAGUACAAAGCAGUCAUGGAACUUGGUCUGCUUGGACAACGAACUGGAAAAGUGAAGAAAGUAGUUCCACGUCCUCCUCCAGUUUCCUACCGUCGACCUACUCAUCCGGAGCGUGUACCAAGCAAUAAUGUCUCAUCAUCACCUGCGUUAGAUGAUCGGACCCAGGCAUGCCCAAUCUGCCUAACGAGUGCAAAGGACUUGGCCUUUGGUUGUGGGCAUAUGACAUGCAGAGAAUGUGGGUCAAGAGUGUCCAAUUGUCCAAUAUGCCGCCAAAGGAUUACUAAUCGUCUCAGGCUGUUCACUUGAUUUCCAUUUUCAAGUAACAUGUAUUUAUAUGUACAGGUUAGGGUUGAGUCUAGUUUUUAAAUUAAAUAUGGUAUGUGCUUGUUGAGUUGGAAACUGAAAUUUCUGUAUGUUAACUUAGUGUUCAUAUAAUUUAAGAAUAUUAAAUUGUACAAAAUGUUAAAAAUAUAUAUUAGUGGUUCGUAAUUUCCAGAAUUAAUUAAUUAAUACCAGUCUCUUGGAAUGUUU